AUGUCUCGCAAACUCCCCAUGAUAGUCGACAUUGGCAUCGACGACUCGGGCAACAAGAUGUUCCAGGUGCACGAGACAUCCAAACACGUUCGCCACAAAAUGCCCACGCUGUCUCACUUCAGCGACCCCUCCUUGUUUGACUCAAAGAAUCGUCACGACAGUACAGACUCCAACUUAGACGAGCAGCUUCUGGUGGAAAACACCUCCACCAGCGGCACCCCCAAGGGCUCUAGGUCGAGUUCUCGAAGAGCGUCUUCUGCCUCGCCCGAAGAAGACAUCUGGUGCAGCGACGUGCAACAGGCGUUUGAGGAGGUGCUUGCAAUGGUGCCCAAGAAGGGCCUCAACAAGAUCAAGAUCGGUGGCCGCUCGUGUGGGCGCAACGAGCUCAUUUCCGACUACAUCAUGGCCAAAACCGGCAAGUACAGGUCCCGAAAACAGGUGUCCAGCCACAUCCAGGUGAUCAAGAAUAUGAGGCUGCGCAGAGAGCUCAUAGACCUCAUCAACCACGGGCCUCGGUUUGCGUCGGACGAGGAGGCCAAGCGCAACAACAAGCGCUUCGAGGAGAUUUUCACGAAAAUCAACCUCAACAAGUCUCUAGGGGUGGCGUCCAUCAGAGAGAACAAGUCUGUGGGCGGCGGCGGCGGCGGCGCCAGCAGGCGCCAUUCGACAGGGCUCUCGUCGACGCCGAAAAGAAAACGCCUCAGCACCGACCUUGUGUCGAUCAAAAAUAUCGGUUUCAGCAUCGAUAAUGGCAUCCCGGGCAAUAACAACAUCUUAACCUUCCAGGAAGAUGCCCCUAUUCUUCUGUUGACGUUGAAGGAAAACGCCAACUUUGCAUCACGGUUCCCCGGCUUGGAGGAGUUUGCCUCGACAAACGUGCCCAUUCUACAUAAUAUGGUGAGGCUUUUGAACCCAUCUACUCUCCCGGCGAACUUCUCUAUAGACAGGGAUCUUAAAACUAACUAUAAGCUUGAAUUUGCAACUGUGCCCGCGGCAGGGCUUUGCAGCUACACUUCCGUCUAUUCGUUUGGCACUGAGGUGCUCAAGGUCAAUGAGGACGAUUUCCAGCCGAACGUCAACCAGCCAUUUCUUCUCAAGUUCUGGAAGUGCUUUUUUUUCCAGUUAUUGCAGCAGCCUAGCUCCUUAGACGCUGCUUUCAAAGGCAUCACUGUCAAACAAGUCAUUUACGAACGCCACGACGGCUCUUUGAGCUUAGUUCCAAAAGCGAGAAUAAAAGCGGUGUUGCUUUGGGAAUUCUCAAAAGUCGAGUCGUGGAAAGAAGCCACCUCCUCCGUUUCGAGGCUUUUCCUCCCUCCCUCUCUCCAAACACCCAUAGAAUUGCACGACUCCUUCUCCCUGGCUCCCAUGGUUCUGCCCGAACAGCCAGUGAAACAGGAGUACAUUUUCUCCACAAGCGUGCCCCAGGACAUUCAAUACGUGAAACAGGAACCUGUAGAUCCGCUCUCGGGCAUUUACCAGGCUCCGUAUUAUCCACAAACCCCGACAACUUUUCAUUCUCCUCCUCCUUCGGCGCAUACAUUCCAUCCCGCUGCUAACGUCGAUUUAACGUCGAUCAGAACUUUACCAAACGACGAUCCCACCCAAGUAUACGGGGCAUCGUAUAUUGGACCUCCAUCCGGCGAUUUCGGGCCCUAA